AUGGCCAUGAAAUUAAAGAAGGGGCAAGCAGUGGUAAGGAGUUCCUCGUACAUUCAAUGGAUCGCAGAUAUGGCUCCAAACUUUUCCAUCUCUUCUCUUGUUGGCUCGGGCAAGGAGAAAAAGUUGAGUUCCUCCGUUGCCCAAAUAUUUGAGAGGUAUGUAGACUGGGCUGAAAUGAUUGUAGCAGAGGUGGAGCCCGGUUGCCCGCUGCGGCAUGACACCUUCCGCUACCCCUUCCUUAGGCAUCUUCUUGAAGGGAAAACGUACUCUUAG